GCAAAACUUCCAGUUAUUGAGCCACGGCGCCUUUACUUUGUUUCUGAAUCCGUGGAGCUCACCUGUGCUUAGCCACACCCACGCGAUGCACCUGACCAACAGAAGGAAGCAAAGGCACAGACUUGCAUUGGAAGCAGACAUAGCUCAGACCUAAGGAAAAAUAAUCGUGAUACUUUAACCAGAAUCAUGGUCAGCAAAUAUACUUUAUUCGCUGUUAUUUUGCUGUCUUACGUUUCGAGGAUUGACAACAAAGACAUACUCAAUGGGCUUUCAUUAAAGCUUUCCAAGUACUCCAUUGUAAAUCCUCAGGUGAUUCACAGAUGGACAAGGAGCAUUGGCAAAACACAACAGUCACAAGAGAAAAAGGAAGAUGAGACAAUAUCAUAUGCACUGAACAUUAACAACAGGAAGCACCUCCUUCAUCUAAAAAAGAACAGAGACUUUUUACACCCAAACUUUGUUCAGUAUUCACGUGACGCCACUGGUAACCCCGAAUCAUCUUAUCCAAAACAGCAUGUGCACUGCUAUUACCAUGGAGAGGUGGAGGGAUAUGAGGAUUCAUUGGUAGCACUCAGCACAUGCUCUGGCCUCAGGGGCGUGAUCAUCCUUGGAAAUGAGACCUAUGGGGUUGAGCCUAUUCCGCAGUCUACAACCAAUGAGCACAUUUUGUACCUACUGGAGGACUCUCAGUCCGAGCCCACCACUUGUGGGGUCGUCAGUGAGGCUUCAUCAACGCAAAGCCAUGAACACUUUGAGCCUGGCCAAUCGCUCACUUCACUGCUGCGGAGGAAGCGCAAUUUACCUCAAACGAAUUACGUGGAGCUUGUGCUAGUUGUCGAUAAUCUCAGGUAUAAUUAUAAGAAAAAAAAUGAUACAGCGGUACGAGAGGAAAUGGUGGAGAUGGCUAAUCUGCUGGAUGGGUAUUACAAGAAGCUGAAUAUCCGUGUGGUGCUGGUGGGCCUGGAGAUUUUUAAGGAGAGUAAUCCCUUUGACGUGGAGGCAGGCUCUGCAGGAGAGGUGCUGGGAAGGUUUGUCAAGUGGAGGAAGACCACGCUGUUACCAAAGAUCAGGCAUGACAUCGGACAACUCAUAAUUGGUAGGCCCAAGCUAUUUGGAAACAUAGUGGGCAUGGCAUUCGUGGGUACGGUCUGCUCCACAGCGAGUUCUGGAGGAAUCAACGUGUUUCGUAAUGAUAACCUGCCUGCUGCCUCCGCUGUGGUGGCUCAUGAAAUGGGCCAUAACCUGGGCAUGAAUCACGACAGGGCGGGCUGCAUCUGCGAUGGAAAAGGCUGCAUCAUGGGAGCCGGUACUGGUGGUUCCCCGAUGUUCAGCAGCUGCAGUGGAGAAGACUUUGAGAGGUUGAUCCUUCGUGGAGGCGGCAUGUGUCUAAAAAACCAGCCCUCCCCAUCAAAUGUGGUCGGUAUCGCUGUAUGCGGCAAUGGCCGGCUGGACACAGGAGAGGAAUGUGACUGUGGCACAGCAGAGGAAUGUGACAAUAAAUGCUGUAAUCCUGCCACCUGCAAACUCAACCCGGGGGCUGCCUGUGCUCAGGGUCUCUGCUGCGAAAACUGUCAGAUCAGAGUAUCUGGAACGCCAUGCAGAGAUUCUGCUAACACCUGUGAUCUUUCUGAAUACUGUGAUGGCAAGACUCCGCUCUGCCCAGAGGACUUCUAUAUCAUGGACGGCCUGCCCUGUGAAUACCGUAAAGCUUCAGCGUACUGCUUUGAAGGCCGAUGCCAGACGUAUGAUUUCCAGUGCAACCAUAUCUUUGCGCCAGAUCCAGCAACAAAGGCAAACGAUAUUUGUUUCAAGACUAUUAAUAUGAGGGGAGACAAAUUUGGGAACUGUGGAAACAACGGUGCCAACUUCAUAAAAUGUCCUUCAGUAAAUUCCAUGUGUGGAAAGUUGCAGUGUGUCAACGUGGAUCUCACCACCAUCCCUCCUAAUGCCCAAGUCAGUAUCGAGGUCAUUCAAGGGUCGAAGUGUAUUAAUGCAAACUUCGAUUUCGGCCCUGAUGUGCUAGAUCCUGCCUAUGUUAACUCCGGCAGCCCUUGUGAGAAAGGAAAGACAUGCAUGGAUUUUCAGUGUGUAAACGCCUCUAAUCUGAGACCCAACUUGGAGUGUGAUGCCCAGACCACCUGCAACGACCGAGGGGUAUGUAAUGACCAAGAAAACUGCCACUGUAAAAAUGGGUGGGCUCCGCCUAAAUGUGACAGAUCCGGGAGAGGUGGCAGCAUAGACAGCGGCCCGGCUCAGAUAGACUACUCCCUCAGAGAUGGCCUGUUGAUCUUUUUCUUGUUGGUGGUUCCUCUUCUGGUUCUUCUGAUUCUGGUCCUGCUCUACUUCUUCAGGAGGGACUCCCUGGACCGGUGUCUUAAAAGAGGCAAAAAAUCGCGUAAUGAUCAAAAUGGAAAUGGGCAGGCAAAUGGUAAUGUUUCCACAAGUGCCGCAGCAAAGCCUCCAGUACCAGCUCCUCCUGGGAGGCCUGGACAUCCACAAGAAACCUCACUUCCAAUUUCUGGUUUUAGGUAUGGAGAACUGGAUUAUUGGAAUGACAACUCAAGCACUGCCACUGCACAACCCCCACCUCCCAACCAGGGCCCGGGAGUCCCCAGACCAAUUCCACCCAGGCCACCACCAAGUUGAUUUGCUUUUUAUACUACAUCAUUUAAAUUGUAUUGUGAAUGUAUGGAGUUUACCAUGGCUCAACACUGUAUGAAGAGACAUUUUUAGAACACUGUGAUAUAAUGACUAAUUUUGACAUGCACAUCUUUUAAGAUUGACUGUAAUACCGUGGUGGUGGUGGAUGACGCUUGUAGACAUGUUAAUAUUUAUUAGAAUAUGUCUGUUAAAAUAUUUGUAAAGAUAUCAUCAAACAUUUUGUAUUUUAUGUUGGUAUAUAUUAAAAUAUUAUAAAGAUUUUGUGAAUGUUAACCAAAUAAAGAAAUGUAUCAGGGCAUUGCUUCCCCUUCA